AUGCUGGCGAUGUGGCGCAUCCCCACCAUCCUCGCAUGUCUGGCGGUCCGGAUCGCCCAUGCGAUCGAACUCGACGUAGAUUCCGCAGACUCCAUCAAACAAGCUGCGAGUACGGUUGCGUACGACAUGGUAUCGUUCUACCAAGGCAAUCAAUCCGGGCAGAUACCAGGACUCUUGCCGGUGCCGCAACCGCCAGAUAAAGGGUAUUACUGGUGGGAGGCCGGUGCGAUGUUUGGUGCGUUGGUUAAUUACUGGUAUUACACGGGGGAUACGACGUAUAAUGCCAUCACGACGCAGGCGAUACUAUUCCAAGUCGGCGAGGAUUCCGAUUUCAAACCGCAGAAUCAAACAAAAUCAUUGGGAAAUGAUGAUCAAGCGUUUUGGGCCAUGACGGCGAUGUCUGCUGCUGAAUUCAGAUUCCCAGAUCCCCCGGUGGGAGGGCCCUCGUGGUUGGGAUUGGCACAGGCGGUGUUCAAUGAGCAGACGGCGGUUUGGGAUACCAAAUACUGCAAUGGUGGGUUGAGAUGGCAGAUCCCGUUUUCGAAUCCGGGUUAUAAUCUCAAGAAUUCGAUUUCGAAUGGUUGUUUGUUCAAUCUCGCGGCGAGAUUGUCGAGAUAUACAAAGGAUCCGUCGUAUGCGGUCUGGGGUGAUAAGGUUUGGGAUUGGAUGUGGAGGAUUGGCUUGAUCUCUCCUACCUAUCAGGUUUUUGAUAACUCGGAAGCGGAUAAAUUGAAUUGUACGGAGCUGGAUAAGAAUCAGUGGAGUUAUAAUGCGGGUGUUAUGUUGUUGGGUGCUGGUGUCAUGUAUAAUUUUACUGGUGACCAGAAAUGGCAAGACCGCACGGAACGACUUCUCCAAACCCUCAGCGGCAACUUCUUCGUCAACGGCGUCAUGAGAGAAGGUUGUGAGAACCCUGUCGGCACUCAAAUAGGAUGUAACCAAGAUCAAAAAUCUUUCAAAGCAUAUCUCUCCCGCUGGCUAACCGUCACCUCAAUCAUGGUUCCCUCCACCGCCGCCAACAUCACAGCUCUCCUCCGCACCAGUGCCAAAGCAGCCGCCGCCCAGUGUACCGGCGGUCCAAGAGGUACGGAAUGUGGUAUUCAAUGGGACAAAGGCGGAAAAUGGGACGGCACUACCGGCGUAGGCCAAUCCAUGAGUGCUCUCGAAGUCAUGCUCGGAAGCAUGAUCGGCCUCCCGCAAGAAACAGGUCAACGUCCCAAACCUCCCGUCACGGGCGAUACGGGUGGAACCUCCAUCAGCAUCCCUACCGCUGGAAAUCCUAUCCCACCGACCCCCGUUGUGCCCGCCACGAAAAAGGAUCGUGCAGGCGCGUGGUUCAUCACGGUGCUCAUUGCGCUGAUCGCGCUGUUCAUGUGCUAUUUCAUGUGGACGGAAGCGUUUGAGCAUUCGGCUUCGACGAUUGGAGGGGUGGCUGCGAGAAACAAGGGGAAGGGACGCGUGGAGGAGAGGGAGAAGGGAGGGCCAGAGAGGGUUAUUAUUGAUCUGGCGACGGGGAAAAGGAGGAGUUUGGGGGUUAUGAGCGAGAAAGGAGAAACUGGGGCACCGGUGGGAAGUGGAGGAUUGCCGAUCGUUGAGGAGGUGAUGCCUACUGAGCCGAAGAUGGUUAAGGGUGAUCGAGCGAGUUUACCUAGGUGGAGGGGGGGUGAUUGGGUUACAUAG